AAUAUAAUGAAACAAUAUCAUACUACGAAAUAGGAAAACCCGUUUUCUCUCUCUCUUUCUUAACUCUAAAGUCGUAACCAUUGCAUAUAAACAGCUUCAAACUGCCAACCGGCCGGAGAAGGAUAUGCCAAACCAGUUUCCUGGUGAUUCUCUCCGAAUUGCAGAAGUGAAAAUUUCAAAAUUUGUAUCGAAAAAAUUCAUAGAUGUUAAUGGCGGCAUCGGAACAAUUCUUGUCCGAAGGUGGACCGGUCUAUACUCAAAUGCAAUCGGAACCUCCUCCGAUGAUAACUCGAUCUCACUCUUCACGUCAAGGUGCAGAACAGAGUUGGAUUUUCGAAACAUUGCCCAAGGCAACCAUCGUCUCUGUCUCCCGCCCUGAUGCUGCCGAUAUCAGCCCCUUGCUUCUUUCCUACACAAUCGAAUUUCAGUAUAAACAGUUCAAAUGGCGCUUACUGAAGAAAGCCUCACGAGUUAUUUAUUUACAUGUUGCACUGAAGAAACGUGCAUUUAUUGAGGAAAUUCAUGAGAAACAAGAGCAGGUUAAAGAAUGGCUUCAAAACCUUGGGAUAGGAGAUCAUACAGGAGUAGUGCAAGAUGACGAUGAGGCUGAUGAUGAGAAUGUUCCAUUACAUCAUGAAGACAGUGUUAAAAAUUGGGAUGUUCCCUCCAGUGCAGCCUUGCCAAUAAUUCGCCCUGCACUUGGAAGGCUGCAGUCUAUUUCGGACAGAGCGAAGGUAGCAAUGCAAGGUUAUUUGAAUCAUUUUCUGGGGAACAUGGACAUUGCAAACUCCCGAGAGGUAUGCAAGUUUUUGGAGGUUUCGAAGUUAUCUUUUUCACCUGAGUAUGGGCCCAAGCUGAAAGAAGAUUAUGUGAUGGUGAAACAUCUACCAAAAAUUACCAAGGACAAUGAUGAUACUAGAUGUUGUGCAUGCCACUGGUUUAGUUGUUGCAAUGACAACUGGCAAAAGGUGUGGGCUGUAUUGAAACCUGGGUUCUUGGCCUUGCUGGAGGAUCCUUUUGAUAAAAAACUGUUGGACAUAAUUGUUUUUGAUGUAUUGCCAUCAUCAGAUGGAAAUGGGCAAGGCCCAAUAUCAUUAGCAGAAGAGAUAAAGGAACGUAACCCUUUGCGUUAUGCAUUUAAGGUGUCUUGUGGAAACCGCACUGUAAAGUUAAGAGUUAGAAGUAAUGCUAAAGUUCGAGAUUGGGUUGCUGCAAUUAAUGAUGCCGGAUUAAAGCCUCCUGAGGGCUGGUGCCAUCCUCACCGCUUUGGUUCUUUUGCUCCGCCAAGGGGGUUAACUGAAGAUGGAAGCCAGGCCCAAUGGUUCGUAGAUGGGCAGGCUGCAUUUGAUGCAAUUGCUUCAGCCAUUGAGGAAGCAAAAUCAGAGAUAUUCAUUACUGGCUGGUGGUUGUGCCCAGAACUGUAUCUAAGGCGUCCAUUUGAUGCACAUGGGUCCUCUCGGCUUGAAGCUCUACUGGAAGCUAAAGCGAAGCAAGGAGUUCAGAUCUACAUUCUUCUCUACAAAGAAGUUGCUAUUGCUUUGAAAAUCAACAGCAUGUAUAGUAAGCGAAGGCUUCUUAACAUUCAUGAGAAUGUGAGGGUACUCCGUUAUCCAGACCAUUUCUCAACUGGUGUUUAUCUAUGGUCCCACCAUGAAAAACUUGUUAUUGUUGACAACCGGAUUUGCUUUAUUGGGGGACUAGAUCUGUGCUUUGGCCGUUAUGACACAAUUGAACACAAUGUGGGUGAUUACCCUCCUCAGAUAUAUCCUGGAAAGGACUAUUACAACCCAAGGGAAUCUGAGCCAAAUUCUUGGGAAGAUACAAUGAAAGAUGAGCUAGAUCGUUGCAAAUAUCCUCGUAUGCCAUGGCAUGAUGUCCACUGUGCUCUUUGGGGGCCACCUUGCCGUGAUGUGGCAAGGCACUUCGUUCAGCGCUGGAACUUUGCAAAGAGAAACAAAGCUCCAAAUGAACAAGCAAUUCCACUGCUUAUGCCUCAGCAGCACAUGGUUAUUCCACAUUACAUGGGGAGAAGCAAGGAAAUAGAGAUUGAAAGUAAGAAAGUAGAGGACAAACCUAAAAGCAUUGGAAGGCAUGAUUCCUUCUCUUCCCGAUCAUCAUUACAAAACAUCCCAUUGCUUUUGCCUCAAGAGGCAGACACUGCCAAUGAGAGCCCAAAGUUAAAUGGCUUGGACAUGACACAGACACUCCUCAAUCAGCCAAGCAGGGUCAGUCGAAGUAUUUCAUUCUCUCUACGGAAGUCUAAAGUUGAACCCUCAGUUCCGGACAUGCAGAUGGAAGGCUUUGUUGAUGACCUCGAUUUCAUGGAUCUUCAGGACCAAACAUCUGUGGAUGUAGUUGCACAAUCCGAUUUGCUUAAUAUGGAUAAAGAAUGGUGGGAAACACAAGAGCGUGGCGAUCAGGUUGCUUCUGCUGAUGAAACUGGACAAGUUGGCCCACGAAUCCCAUGUCAUUGCCAGGUUAUUCGAAGUGUUGGGCAAUGGUCUGCCGGUACAAGUCAAACUGAAUCGAGUAUUCACAAUGCUUAUUGUUCACUUAUUGAGAAAGCCGAAUACUUCAUCUACAUCGAGAAUCAAUUUUUUAUAUCAGGUCUCGCAGAGGAUGAAAUAAUACGGAACAGAGUCUUGGAAGCAAUAUACAGGCGUAUAAUGCGAGCAUACGAAGAGCAGAAGUGUUUCAGGGUUAUUAUUGUCAUACCGCUUUUGCCUGGUUUCCAGGGUGGUCUGGAUGAUGGCGGUGCAGCAUCUGUGAGAGCAUUAAUGCAUUGGCAAUAUCGAACCAUUUGCAGGGGUCAACAUUCAAUAUUGCAUAACCUUUAUGAUCUACUUGGUCCUAGAACACAUGAUUACAUAGAUUUCUAUGGUCUAAGAACUUAUGGCAGACUUUUGGAUGGAGGACCCAUUGCUACCAGUCAGGUGUAUGUGCACAGUAAGAUUAUGAUAAUUGAUGAUCGUCUAGCUUUGAUUGGAUCAGCUAAUAUAAAUGAUAGGAGCUUGCUUGGAUCAAGAGAUUCUGAGAUUGCUGUACUGAUUGAAGAUAAAGAGUUUGUUGACUCAUCUAUGUCUGGGAAGCCUUGGAAAGCUGGAAAAUUUGCUUUUAGUCUUCGCCUCUCAUUAUGGUCUGAACACCUCGGUCUUCGUGCAGGAGAGGUCAGUCAAAUAAGUGAUCCUGUGGUUGAUGCAACAUACAAAGAUAUUUGGAUGGCUACUGCAAAGACAAAUACCAUGAUCUACCAGGAUGUUUUUGCAUGCAUCCCAAAUGAUCUUAUUCAUUCCAGAGGUGCUAUUAGGCAAAGUAUGGCCUGCUGGAGGGAAAAAUUAGGGUAUACUACAAUUGAUCUAGGUAUAGCUCCUGAGAAGCUAGAAUCCUAUCAGAACGGAGAUAUCAAGGCCACUGAUCCAAUGCAGAGAUUAGAGUCAGUGAGGGGGUUCCUUGUUUCUUUUCCCUUAGAUUUCAUGCGUCAAGAAGAUUUGAGACCAGUGUUCAAUGAAAGUGAGUUCUAUGCAUCCCCUCAGGUCUUCCACUAAGCAUGGGUUUCUUGAGGGACAAGAAUGUCAUUGUUUAUAUCUCUGUAGGACAUUCAAUCCAUUCAUAAAGUAGUAGGCUAUCAGUUUAUUUGUGUAUUUAAUUCAAUAGAAAUU